GAAGUUGGUGAGCCAUUCAAGGAGGAGAAGGCUGUGGCUAAGUACUUGCGCUUCAACUGUCCAACAAAAUCCACCAACAUGAUGGGCCACAGAGUUGAUUAUUUCAUUGCCUCAAAAGCUGUGGAUUGCCUCCUGGAUUCUAAAUGGGCAAAGGCAAAGAAAGGAGAAGAGGCUUUAUUUACAACCCGAGAGUCUGUAGUUGAUUACUGCAACAGACUCCUGAAAAAACAGUUCUUCCAUCGAGCAUUGAAAGUGAUGAAAAUGAAACCUGACAAGGAUACAAAGAAAGAAAAGGAAAAGGGAAAGGCUGAGAGUGGGAAAGAGGAGGAGAGGAAGAGCAAGAAAGAAAGUGGCAAAGAUGAAAAAACUAAGAAGGAGAAAGAAAAGGAAAAGAAAAAGGAUGGGGAAAAAGAGGAGUGUAAGAAGGAUGAGACCCCAGGAACACCCAAGAAAAAGGAAACUAAGAGGAAAUUUAAACUUGAGCCACAUGAAGACCAAGUUUUCCUGGAUGGAAAUGAGGUGUAUGUGUGGAUCUAUGACCCUGUUCACUUUAAAACUUUUGCCAUGGGACUUGUGCUUGUGAUCGCGGUGAUAGCCGCCACCCUGUUCCCGCUGUGGCCGGCCGAGAUGCGCGUUGGUGUGUAUUACCUCAGCGUGGGCGCAGGCUGCUUUGUCGCCAGUAUCCUCCUGCUCGCCGUGGCUCGCUGCAUCCUGUUCCUGAUCAUCUGGCUCAUCACUGGAGGAAGGCAUCACUUCUGGUUCCUGCCCAACCUCACGGCAGACGUGGGAUUCAUUGACUCCUUCAGGCCCCUGUACACACACGAAUACAAGGGACCAAAAGCAGACUUAAAGAAAGAGGAGAAAUCAGAAUCCAAAAAGCAGCAGAAAAACGACAGUGAGGAGAAAUCAGACAGUGAGAAGAAGGAAGAGGAGGAUGGGAAAACAGAAGGCACAAGGAACUCGGGAACAGAGGGCUCGGGAGGAGAGCGACAUUCAGACACUGACAGUGACAGGCGUGAAGACGACAGGUCCCAGCACAGUAGUGGCAAUGGAAACGACUUUGAAAUGAUCACAAAAGAGGAACUGGAACAGCAAACAGAUGAAGGAGAUUGUGAGGAGGAGGAGGAGGAAGAUACUGAAAGUAGGCCUUCACAUGGAAAAUCAUAACUCACUGUGGUGUUGGGACUAAGUAUGUGCAAAUGGUUGGAUUUUCUUUGUUGGCUGAUCACCAAAACAUAGACCAUACAGUAGCAUCUUUGUUUGCUGAAAUAUAUGUGUUACCAAACAGUUUUAUAUCUAGUUCCUUCAUUUUUUUUUUAACCAUUAACUUGAUUACUUGGUACUAUGUUAAUCAUUAAUAUCCAUUUACAGAAGUUUUAUCAAUCUGACAAGUUUUUUAUUGAUUGAUAGAUUGCCCAGAUUGUCCUCAAGCAUACUGAAAAACAUAGUUUUCUGGUACUUGCAUAACUGGUCAAUUAGUUCAGCUUCUCAAACUUGCUUUUGUAAAACAGGUAAAAGUUGAAUGACCAAAUCUCAGAUUAUUCCUAGUUAUACUCAUUUGCUAGUUAGGUAAAGCCCUUCUUGGCCCACAGCUUUCUUGAUAUUUUUUUCUUGAUUUUCUUUUCAAAAGAUUGUGAGAACUUUCCUAAGAGAACUAGUUUUAGCAGAGGUAUUUUGCUGACAAUAGAGGAGCUAGUAGUGCUGAAUUUGGCUGCAGUGUUCUCUUUGUUUCUCCAGACUGUGUGCCAGCAACUGAGGAAAUCCAAACUGGUUUUGUACAUCCAGUGCAGAGAGAUGUCAUCUCCAGCAGGGGAAGGAAGCAGCAGCGUUUGGAAGUGAUGGCUGUUUUCUUUCUCCUGCUCCAUCAUAAUUAAACAAAAGUGUAUUCUGUACAUAAUUUACAAAUAAAGCAAACCAUUUACUUUAA